CGUAACGCAGCCUCCCAAGUCGUCCGGCUUCCUCCCGAGAUCCUCUGCGCUAUUCUCCGACUCCUUUCCGGGGCAAGCAGGCAAGGAAACACCGACCUCGUCCACGUCACGCACGUUUGCAGACACUUGCGCGCUGUCGCCAUCGCCGACUCCAGCCUUUGGACGCAAGUAUACGUGUGUGGGUUGCCGUCGGUCGACAGGGUCGUCACUUUCAUCAAACGCUCAAAAGCAAGGCUCCUCGACAUAUACUUUGAUUUCCGGAGGCGUCCAAUGAGGAAUUUCGCCCCACUAGCGAGGACGCUUCUUAGGUCGUCAAGCCGCCUUCGUUCUAUCGUAGUUGACGCGCAGACCACUGAAAGUAUCGUCAACCUGUUUUGCCUCAUAAAAGAUGCUUCCGCACCCCAUCUAGAGACGAUUGACCUAUCCGCCACAACCACCACGCCGACACACUUGGACCAUUUUUUUCAGGUCUCACGGAACUAUGCUUUCGAGGUCUUCCGGAUGCACACUUCCACUACUCCGUCACAACGCGCAUCCGUUAUUCAUUCUCCAACUCCAAAUUUACGCUCCAUCCGACUCAAGUGCAGUUUCGGAGACAUCGCGUGGGACUCCGCCGUCUACCAGAAGCUGACGGAGCUUUCGGUACGAGCGCCCUUGCCCUCAAAACGUAGGCUGUUGGAGAUUCUCAAGCUCUGCCCCGAGCUCGAAAUCCUGAAUCUCGACGCGAGAAUCAGAGGAGUUGAAACCUCUCAGUACUGGGUCUCAGAGAUAUCGUCUCAAGAUCGGACGUGGGACGUUCCCCUUCCAAAGCUCACGUCUAUUGCCAUACACCACUCUGGUUCAAACGUCGGGCCAGACCUCCUCACGCACCUCAUCUUGCCCUCGGCGACGAGCUACACCCUAACCACGGGGCCGUCGGUGCACCGGGCGCUCCCGGCGGACCUCUCUCGCCUCCCCGCGCUCAGC